UAGUACUGACCAGCCCACCUGGCCGACAGCGUGCACUCACUUGUAUCUUGCUCUUGUUUCGCUGCUACGUCGACCACCAUGUCGUUCUCAAAACCGCUCACACUUGCGCGCGUCGAAGACCUGACUUUGGGGGCUUUCUCGAAUGUAGCGCCAUCCCAAACACUCGACCAUCUCGUACGGUUCUUAAGCACAUGGAGUGGUAGCGACAAGCUCUUCAUGAUCAUCCAAUAUACUGUCAAGCUCAUCGUCCCCUUCCUCCAAUGGCGCGCUCGUCUUCAAUAUGGCGCAGGCCUCCGGAAGGCACCCGUAAGCCCUGCCGCUGACAGGCUAGCAAUACUGGGCAACCUCAUUGGCGACGCUAGGAUGUUCUUCAGAAUCUGGGGCCUUCUCCCUAUCUUCCAAUGGCUGAUCGCCCUCGAACGCAAUUCGCCGCCGACGCGCUGGCUCCGCACAAUCGAACGUCUCCAGGGGUGGUCUAUGCUCGCAUACUAUCCUCUUGAGCACCUCUACUACUUGCUUUCCCACUCUGUGAUUCCAAACAAGCUCCCGCUGCCGUCACUGACGGCGUUUAUACCCUUCGUACGGACCAAACCUAGCGACAACCAUAUACCGUUGGAUCUCGGCAAGCUCGGCCUGUGGUCUACCCGCUUCUGGGCUGCGUACGUUGUCCUCCAGUUGGCCCACCUGCAGGAGGACAGCAAGCUCCUCACUGCGCGGGAGCGUACGCUGAACAAGUCAAAGACUGGCGCGACUGCUGCCGAGAAGGAGGACAUACGCAAGAGGCGAAGUGCCCUGUGGAACGAGUUUAUUGUGAACCUGGCAUACCUGCCGCUUACAAUCCACUGGUCAACGGAGAAGGGAAUCAUCUCAAACGACGUUUGGGUCAGCGUCCUAGGACUCAUAGCUGGGGUCGCCUCAUGGAAGAGCGGCUGGGAAGCGACAGCGCUUACACCUGCUCCUACCGUAGGCGACAUUCCGCUUCCUGCUGGGGAGUCCACCGAGACAAAACUGGCACCGUACCUGGACGACCCGCUCAAGGAUGUCAUCACCGCCCCCGCGCUCGAUGAGCUGUAAUGGACGUGAUCGGCCACUGCGUUUGGCGUGGAUACGGCCGCAAGCCGUACGGGACCGGGUGCUUAGGACUCGGAGGCGCAGGCGAGGACACCGGCGUCAGGUCCCCCAGUUGACGCUUCUACGCCAUCCACAAUGAACACGGC